CUUAUAGCACUGAGGUGACUAACACACUGCAUUUUCAAGUAACAUAAGGAUUUGAGCCAUGACGGUGUUGGAAAUCUGUUCAUACGAGUUGUUUUCAUCAUUUACAGCAGUAAUUAACCAAUUACUUCACUUAAUGUGGUCUAUACAACUCUACUCAUGAUCAUUCACAGUUUACAGCAUACAAUUCAUUGCAUUGACAUUCCAAUUCUGCUAUCAGCUAACAUAGCUGGGGAGCCUGGGACUAGUGGUAAUGUUCAAGUUCAUGAUUUGCAAGUGAACUUCUGUAUACAUUUAGUCAUGCAAAUAUUUUUUUUUUCAUGAUUAUAUAAGUGCACCCAUGGCCAUGGCUUCUUCCAUCACAUAAUGGACCAUGAACCUUUUAUUUUUCCUUUUUCUUUUUGGACAUUCCUUAGAGGGAAAAAAUCUCGUAGGCUAUCAUUAAAUCUGAAAGAUUUAAUGUAUUUUUAGUUAGUUCUCUGCAUGUCAAGUUCUGCAUGUAUCGCAUACGAUCCGGCACAAAUUUUCUUUUCUAGCUCCCAACAUGAAAAUUUCCGUAAGUUAAGAGGUCAUGUGUUUGAGACAGUUACCUAAAGGAUACUAAUUAAUUGGUAAUUCUUGAAUCUAAAGGGAGGUAGAACUGCCUACGCCAAUGGAGAAGAACCACCAGUCCAGAUGUAUGGCCGUCUCCAAAACUUGGCUUACAGUGCCCUAGCAGAGAGUUAAAGCAAGAGCCCUCAAAUUUCUGGGAGGAACCAUGGAAAGCAUCUUUAUGGAAACCAUGUGCAGAUAGAAAAGAAUCAGAGAAAUCAGACAGGGCAACCUGACAAAAGCAAUGGAUACAUAAUGGUCAGUGCAAAUGGUGGUCUCAAUCAACAAAGAGUAGCUAUAUGCAAUGCCGUUGCCUUGGCAUCUUUACUAAAUGCAACCCUAGUUCUUCCCAGAUUUCUUUACAGCAAUGUAUGGAAGGAUCCGAGCCAAUUCGGUGAUAUCUAUCAAGAGGAUUAUUUUGUGAAUGUCAUGAAGGAUGAAGUGAAUCUCGUAAAGGAUCUUCCUUCUCAUUUGAAGUCGUUGGAUAUUGAAGCAAUCGGUAGCCUAAUAACUGAUGCGGACAUUGUGAAGGAGGCAAAGCCCAUUGAUUACCUUACAAAGGUACUUCCUCUCCUGCUGCAAAAUGGAGUUGUCCACCUUCUUGGAUUCGGAAAUCGGCUUGGAUUUGAUCCAUUACCUUCUAGACUUCAGAAAUUAAGGUGCAAAUGUAACUUCCAUGCAUUGAAGUUUGUGCCAAAAAUCCAAGAAGCUGGUUCACUGUUGAUCAGAAGGAUAAGGAAGUAUGAUACUGUACAGAGGAUGUUGGAUAAACAACUUGUUGGAGAGUUUCUGCCUGGCAGUCCCUCAAAAAAACAUGAUUCAGAAAGAGGUCCAUCCAAAUAUCUUGCUUUACACUUGAGGUUUGAAGUGGAUAUGAUUGCCUACUCCUUGUGUGAUUUUGGAGGAGGGGAGAAGGAGAAAAGGGAACUCCAAGCCUACAGAGAGAGUCAUUUCCCUCUGCUCAUGGAACGCUUGAAACACUCCAAGCCCAUCUCUUCAUCAGAGUUGAGAAACUUAGGGAGAUGCCCAUUAACACCUGAAGAAGCGGCACUUGUACUUGCUGGUCUUGGAUUCAAACGUGGAACUUACAUUUAUCUUGCUAGUUCUCGUAUAUAUGGGGGGGAAUCUAGGAUGCAUUCAUUUACGAGCCUCUAUCCCAACUUAGUCACAAAGGAAACUCUCCUGACACCUAGUGAGCUUGCACCUUUUCGGAAUUUCUCUUCACAGCUAGCAGCAUUGGAUUUUAUCGCCUGUGCAACUGCAGAUGUCUUUGCCAUGACUGAUUCUGGGAGCCAACUCUCAUCCCUAGUAUCUGGAUUCCGCACUUACUAUGGUGGUGGCCAUGCCCCCACCCUGCGGCCUAACAAGAAAAGGCUAGCAGCAAUUUUGUCAGAGAAUGACACCAUAGGCUGGAAUAGUUUUGAAGAUAGAGUAAGAAAGAUGAUUGAGGAAGGUCAGAGUGUCUUGAUACGGGGUUUUGGUCGAAGUAUUUAUAGACAACCGAGGUGUCCAGAGUGCAUGUGUAAAACCCAGUAGCAUGUUCCCAGGUGCAAGAAUUUUUCAACGCUCUAUUGUUUUGAAACUGAUUUGCAUAUGCCCAGAAAAGCAUUCCCUGUAGGCAUCCCAAUCAAGGCGUGGCUCCUCAGUUGUUGAUCAUGUCAUCAGGAAUGAAAAUGACAAUGCUGAUAGGCUGCUGUAUCAUUAUUCAUUUGUUCAAAUCUUUAUACAACAGUAUGUUGUAGUUGUAAAUUUUCUUCCCUUUGGCUCUAAUUCCUUUGAUUCUUUCCAUUUGUAUAUAACAAUACACACGUUCAAUUCAAUAAUAUGCAUUCCUGAUAUUAAUAUUAAUAUUA